UUUUUUUUCUCAGCAUAUGCAUAAGCUUUGCCAAGGUUAACACUGCUAAUGUGUGGGCUUCCAUAUUUACUGUUUGGAUAUGUAAUACAGGUACUGUACUAUAAAUAUAUUUAGAUGCACAGUUUAAUACGUAAUGGCUAUUGGAGAGAUUAUUGCUAUCUAAUUUGUUAAGAUAGGUGUUGUUUUUGAUAGUAACACAGUCUAGUAUUUUAUUACAUUCCCAUUAUGUUAGGGAAUAUAAUUGAUUACUGAGCCACAUGUCAUUUAAAUAAAUAUAUAAAGUCUAGCUUUAAUGUGAAAAAUUUGAAAGUUUCUAAUACAGUAUUUACCCGAAAGAAAAGCAGUAUGAUAUACAGUACUGUACUUAAGAGAUACAGUAUAGCAUAUGAAUGUGGAUACUUACAAUUACCUUAAAUCAGUUUUGAAUAAUAUUUAGAUUGACUGCUAGUUCAAGUAUCAUGACAAGCAGUGAAGCUCCCGAUAUUGAAGAUUUACUGCCACCAAAGCCUCAGGCACCAAAACCCAGUGACUGCUGUGGCACCGGAUGUUUUCCCUGUGUCCACGACAUUUAUGAGCAAGAUUUGAAAGUUUGGAAACGAAAAUGUGAAUUGAUUCGAAGUGGAGGCACAGAGGAGAAACAACAGAUAACAGGUGCUGUUCAACCUGACAAAUGGAAUGAGUUUGAGAUUAUUGCAGUGACAGAGCUUAGUAAUAAUACAUAUCUUUACACCUUUAAGCUAGAAGAUGACCAGUGUUUAGGCAUAAGUGUAGGUCAGCAUUUAAUCGUUAAGCAAGUUAAAAAUGGCAAGACUAUUACAAGGCAGUAUACACCAAUCUCUGACAUAUACAGAAGAGGAUCAUUUGAAGUUCUCAUCAAAAUUUAUCCAAUGGGAAAAAUCACCCCAAUUAUUAAAGAUUGGAAAGUUCAAGAUAAGGUACCAUGGAGAGGCCCUUUUGGUAAUUUUUCAUACAAGGAAAACAGUUACAAAAGAAUCCUCAUGCUAGCCGCUGGCACUGGUAUUGCUCCAAUGUAUCAGUUAAUAAAAAAUGUUGUUGAAAAUGAAUAUGACGAGACUUUUAUAAAGCUGAAUUAUGCAUCCAAAAGUUUCACUGGCAUUUUGUUACGUGAAGAGUUAUCCAGUUACUGCCAAUAUUGGAAUUUUACUGUAAGUUACUACUUAAGUGAAGAGGUUGAUAUAAGUAAGAAGAGAUACAGUGAAGAGAUAGUAGCCAGGAGACUGUCAAAGGAGGAUGUUCGUCAAGAUCUUGCAAAGGGUCCUGUAGGUGCAACUUUGGUGCUUAUUUGUGGAACAAAAUCAUUUGAUAAAGACAUGGUGAACUGUGCAAAAGAUGCCAAGGUUCCAGAAGAAAAUAUUUUUAAGUUUUGAAACGCUUUUUGGUUUGAUAACAUCAAGUACUCUGCAAUGCAGUGAUAAAACACACUCAAUUCGCAAGCGAUUUGGGCUAGGUUCGUAUCCAGGCUAGGGAGGAUUGACUAGGCACCAAUCCUUGACUGUACGCCUCUUUUUGCACAGCAAUGAUUGAGUAGCUGGUUGUCAAACGACUGGCAGGUCAUAUUCCAGGGAAACUAGUGGUUAAGGCUUACCAUGAGCUAUAGGAUAGGAAAAAGCUCUCAUCCUCCUAACAUAAGUUUGUCAUUUGUUCCUAUACCCAUCUGUGAUCAAAAUUAAAGUACAUUGAAAGUAAGUAUGCCAUAUUGUUUUAAUCUAAUCUAGUAUCACUGACAAAAUUAUUGUUCUUACAGUAUUGUUAUUUAAUUUAAUAACAAUUGCAGUUACAGUACUGUAAUAUAUUUUACAUAAUUUUUCAGUGUUUAUCAUAGUGCGUAUUUCUUAAUUUGGUAAAACUGUAUAUUAAAUGUGCUCCCUUUGCUAGCUUAAAUACUGAAUAGUCUUCAAGGAUUGUCUGUAAUAUUGAGAUAAAGUUUAUUGAUAGAACUACUCUUGAGUCAGUUGUUUUAAUUUUUUAAUUUAAAUCUUAUGAACAACAUUACAGUACUUGUAUAUUGUGUUUUUUUAUAGAAAUAGAUAUUUUUUUGUCACUUGUAUAGUGACAACGGUAGUUCACCUUCAUUCCAAUCACCCACCUCACAGGGUGGAGAGGACUUUUUUUUUAUAACAAUCACUAUACAAGAGCUUUCUUGCAAGCUCGUGCAAGCUUUCCUGUAUAUUGAUUUGUCUUAUAUAUGGCUUGAAGAAUGCUGCAAAUUUUCUAUGCUGUACUGCAAAUACUUAAUUUUAUACACUGGAUACCACUGUAAUAUGUUUAAUAUUAUUGGAUUUAAAUACUGUAAUGAAUAAAUCAAGUGUAAACUAUAGAUAUACAGUAUUACUGUGUUUUACUUUAAAUUAGGAAGAGUUGAGCCAGUUUUAAAUGUGUAUAUCAGUGAUAAACAUUAUUAAAACAUUAUAGCUCUGUGAAGAGCUUUAGGCCUAAGUUAGGGAAGAUAAAAGAAUUAAGAGAUUUAUAUACUAUACAUUGUUAUAAUGGGUGAAGGUUGUGGAGCUGAUAAGGUGGCAGAGGGGAAAAAAUCUUGCUCACUUUGAACUUGCCUUGCCUCAACAGUAGUUGACACAAGGCAAAUUGAUAACGACAGUCCUUUGGUAUUGGUAAAUGGUGUCCUUGUAUUUUAUAAUAGCUGGCUCUGAACACACUAUUUUAUUUGUUAAAAGGGUGCAUGAAUGUAGAAAAAACAUAAUACAGUACUUAUAGUAUAAGUAUACAUUAAAAAGAGAGAGAGAGGGCUUAUAAAUUAUUGAAUAUGUUUAUAGGAAAACAGACAUAGAAACUUUCUUUAGAGAUUAUCCACAGAAAAUAUUGUUAAUAAUAAUACUGAUUACAGAAGGAAAAAGAUGGAAAUAGGAAAGUGGUAGUUUGACCAAUGUCAACAAACCCUGUGUUAGUAUUUAAGUGCACCACCAGAUGGCAGCUUGAGUCACCCCAACAAUUCAACCUUUCUGCCUUAUUUGCAUGCUGGUACCAGCUGUUCAUCUCUUACUCUGCAAAGGAUCACCUCUGUGUUUGAAGCUAAGUGGGAUUAGUGUUCCUUGGGACUUGGUUGUCUCAUGUUUAUAUUUUUUCAGUAUGCCUUUCAUAAUUAUUUUUGAUAAUGAUGCUUCAUAAUUGUGGUUAUUCUCCUCAUCUUGUGUUCUUAACAAUUGCCUAACCUUGAUUUAUUUUUCAAAGUUAUCUUCCCUGGUGUUGGCUUAAGUUUUUUUGAUGUCUCACUAGUUAUCUCUUCUGAGGAGUUUGAGUAUUCCCCUUUCCUCCUCUUGGGUUUGGGGCUGGACUGUAGAGCGAUGGUCUGGUUUCAUGUAGGUCAGCAUUCAAUCCCCGACCAUCCAAUUGGUUGAACACCAUUCUCUUUUCCUGUCCCAAAUCCUUAUCCCUUCCAAGUGCUAUAUAUAUAGAGUUGUAAUGGCUUUGUGCAUUCUCCUGAUAGUUACCUUCCCUUCCUUCUGAGGUUCUGCUCUUUCCUGGUGUGCAGUUAGUGCUUUGGACUUGAUCCUCAAAUUAUACCUGUUGUUGGAAGUUAAGGUUACUGUGUUCAGUCUGGAAAUGUUUGGUGCGUCUUGUACAUCUAAGGGAUUUUGCUUGGGUGGUAAAUAAGAUUAUUCUUGGUGAAUUCCAUGGCAAUGUACACCUUUUCCUGACUUAUUUUCUGGGAUUGAUUGAUUGAUUGAUGAAGAUUAAGCCACCCAAGAGGUGGCACGGGCAUGAAUAGCCCAUAAGUGGUGGCCCUUUUGAGCCAUUACCAGUAUCAAUAGAUGAUACUGGAGAUUUGUGGAGGUGCAAUUGCACCCUGUGUGAUGGGAGAUGUCUCCCAUGAUUUUCUGGGGGUUUGACUUCGUCACUUUUACAUAUGGUGCUUCCUGAUAUUUAUUAACAGAUUGGAUAGCCAAUUUCUGUUGAGUUCAGGUGGCCUGGUUGCCAUGUUUUUAUAUUAAUGAGGAUACAGAGCAUUUUGUUACAGUUUUAUUAGUCUUGUUUCAUUGUGUUGAUAUCCUCACAUAUCCAUAACUCAUCAUUUGCAGCUUUCAGGAAUAGAAGUCAAUGUUUCUGAACUUUUGAAUGCCAUUCCAGACCUUUCCUUGUUGUUACCUCUAUGAACUCCUCCUAAUGAACUCCUGUAACAGUACAGGAGUUCAGUUUGUAUGGCUAGCAUCCACUCAUGUUUCCUCCAUACCUCCAGCUUUGACAAGGAAUUCUAAAUGGCCUUAACUUGGGGUCCUCUCCAGUUUCUAAGGUAUUGGUGAGCAGUUCUCUUGAUUUAAGUGAGAAUUCCUUGACAGAUGUGACAAUACUGCCAUAACCCAGUGUUUGUUCCAUGGUUCUUCCUGUGAAUUCAGCCUGCCCUCAUAAACAAAGGCCAAAGUACAUUCCAUGCACCUGCCAAAUCCCUUUUAUGAAUGAAAAAUGGUUCACACACGACUCGCAACUGAUGACGUUUGAACACUUCUGGAACAAGUGAUUCGCUGACGACUUUUGUUUGAACCACAAUGCUGUAAAUGCUUCACUCACAUAUUUCAAAUACAAAUUAUCAUCAACAGAACCUAAACACCUAACCUAACUCAUGCCUAAAAUAUGCACAUUAUGUUAAUAUAUAACAAUAUCAAUUUAUAUUUGAGAAAACUACUAUUUUGAAUGAACAGUAUGUUAAAAUUGAUGAAUGUGUCUUUGGGGAUGAGCGCUGGAUGGAAUGGACUUGGUCUUAGGAUGGGUUGGUGAUUUGAAUGAUUUAGUCAUCACCCCUUUUAGGGAUGGGGGUUAGUGGUUUAGGGGUCUCAAAAGUAGGCACUUCUUCCUUAUUUUCCUCGGCUUCCAUUGUUUAUUGGAAUUCAUCACCUUCUCCACUUAGAGGGUGAUUCCAGGGGUUCAGGGUUGCAAGAGACUGGACAAUGGGUACUAUUUGAUCCAAGUUGGGCUAGGACUUUUCAGCAGUUCUGCCUGCAGGCCUCUCAAGCCAUUAUUCAGAAAUGGGCUUAAGAGUGAAUUCAGUUCUACAGUCACUUCAGUUAUGUUCUGAGGCCUUGGGCUCAGAAUGAGCAUCAUAAAAUAAAUUCUUUGUGCUGUAGUUUAGCUAAGGUUAUAGAGCUCGCUGGCAUUGAUGGCUGGAGGGUGAAAUAGACUGCUGCUGCCACAUUGAGUGAUGGGGUGAAGUGCUGUGCUGCAAUUUUUCUUUCCAUUCUGUUUUCUUAUUUCUUGCUUUGUUUAUGUUUUCUAUGGUGAAAUGAUACAUUAAAACCACUAGUGACAUUCCAAUAUAACAUAUAAUGUAAAAUGUACAUACAGAUGUAUGCAUAUUGCUAUAUGAACAUGUUUUAGGCUCAUAUUGAUAUGAAUAAAUAAAUCUUACAAUUGCACAUACCACGCAUUUUACAUGCUAAUAUAUACAUGGUUAUUGCUGAUUUGCUGUUUUAAAAAGUUUUGGAGUAUGAUAGCUAGUGAAAUGGUGUGAAUGUAUUUCUGAUUCCUAUGCUUUUCAUUUUAUUUUCUUGCACACACUACAGUAUUACAUUUGUGAUUUGAUGCACUGCAACAGGUGGUAGGUAGGCAAUACUUGCCAAAGACCUGCAGGUAGAUAUGGUGCAUGGUACUAGGCCUUGCUUGCACCAAGAAUACUUAUACUUACCAUGCUGCUAUUAGCAUAAAAAUUCCUUCUACCCUUUACCCAGCUUUAUCCUCUAUAAAUGUUAAACAGGCAAUGUUUGCAAAUUCUUAAAUAAUUUAAUGUUCUGUAUAGAAAUUCUGAAUUAAAGUCUUUGCUCUUAAGAAAACUGGGUUAUAAAAUCAAUGUCUUCUAAUUGUGGCAUAUGUUUGCAAUUUUGUAAAACCCUAUAUACAGUAUUUAUAAUUAUAUCUUAACAUGUCCAGUAGAGCAGCUAGAGUUGAUCUCCUUUGAUACACAAGUUACCCGUUCUUCCAUAUUAUUUAUUCUUGGUGCUUUGUCAGUUCCAAAUGCAAUAACACUAUUUUUAAUCUCUGUACUGUCAUUGUUUCAAAACUCAUCCUUUAAAAUUGAUUCCAUCAAUUGCACACCUAUAUGUUCAAUGUACAAAAUAUGAUGAUGUACCCAAAAAGUUCACAUUUUGCAUUUGAAUUCUGAAGGGCAUAACAAAAAACAUUAAUCAUAUACCUAAUGUGUUCUAGGUCUUAUAUAGUACUAUACUAGGCCUAGGUAAUAUUAGGUUGCCUUCUUUUGUAGGCUCUCUGCAAAAUUAAUAAUACAAAAAAAUACUGUAUUUGGGUGCAAUAGUCCAUGCAUUGUACUUGCAUAGUGGCUACAGGACUGUCAUUUUUGGAUGACUGCUUGUUUAACACUUAACCAGACAGUACACUGGUACAUCUUGUAGCAAUUUUUAUAUUUUGUUGUUUUCUGUAAAGUUAAUUCAUUCUUUGGAUAUUCAAUACAAUUUUCUUGUAUCCUAGAAACCAUUACAUUUUAAUAGCAUAUAUAUAAAAUGUUACAAUACCUUGUACUUUUAUUUUAUAGGAGCAUAGUUAUUGUCUAUAAACUUAUUCAUGCCUUUGACAAAAUAAAAAAAAUAUUUCUUGUAUCCUAAUCAUGAUGUUUUUAAUAGCACACAAAAUAUUAAAAUAAUUAAAUUUUCAUUUGGAGCAAAAUUAUUACUGAAGAUGUACUAGAAAAAAUAGAUAUAUGUGCUGUAGAUGGGUUGUCAACAAACAUUGGUUUUUAUAUUGCCAGGAAAAUAAUAAUUGCAUGUAUUCCUAAA